UUCCUGUCCYGUGUGUCACAGUUUCCAAUAUGGCGGCAUCCAUAGCCAGGUUUUUUUCACGUGUAUCGUGGCAUGGUUCUUGUAUUAUUUUUAAAAACACACUCCCAUGUAUAACGUUAAGGUACAUGUUUCAUCGCUCUGCAACAACCCAAAGUGGAAUUCUUUUUUCGCUAAAUAAACGGGGCAUUUUGAAGGAUGCUUUCCCCGAAAACGCAGCCCAAGAUCAACUUCCUCAACUGCUGCAGUCUGGGUGCCAGACCGUGUACUGCGGAUUCGACCCCACGGCGGACAGCCUUCACGUGGGUAAUUUACUCGCUAUCGUCGGGCUAUUGCAUUUUCGAAGCGCAGGACACAAUGUCAUCGCUCUAAUCGGUGGUGCAACAGCACAGAUAGGGGACCCAAGCGGGAAAACGAACGAGAGAGAGCAGCUACCGUCUGGUGUAGUGGAGGACAAUACGAGGGCUAUCAGGGAGAGCUUGCAGCGAAUCUUCACCAACCAUGAACUGAAUUUCCACAACGACUCUAAAAAGCUUGGCACUGUAACCCUAUUGAACAAUUUYGCUUGGUACAAAGACUGGAAUGUGGUUGCUUUUCUGUCAGAAGUUGGCAGACGUUUCCGAAUGGGGACCCUGCUCAGUAGGCACAGUGUCCAGUCCAGGCUGAAGAGUGCAGAGGGCAUGAGCCUAACUGAGUUCUCUUACCAGCUGUUUCAAGCUUAUGACUUCUACCACCUGAACCAGAAUCAUAACUGUAAGAUCCAGCUGGGAGGGACAGACCAGCUGGGCAACCUGAUGUCUGGGCACGAGUUCAUACACAAGGUGACUGGACAGGACGUGUAUGGGCUGACCAUCCCACUGGUGACCAGCUCUGCGGGGGACAAGCUGGGGAAGACAGCAGGCAAUGCAGUGUGGCUGAACAGGGACAAGACAUCUCCGUUUGACCUCUAUCAGUUCUUCCUCAGGCAGCCUGACAACAGUGUGGAAUGGUAUCUGAAGCUGUUCACCUUCCUACCCCUGGCCGAGGUGGAGAGGGUGAUGGAGCAGCAGAGACAGGAGCCAGGCAAACGGCCUGCACACAAACGCCUCGCCGCCGAAAUCACCAAACUGGUCCACGGCAAGGAGGGUCUGGAGAGUGCCAAAAGGUGCACCAAUGCCCUGUACCACAGUAACCUACAGGCCCUGGAGAGAUGAGCGAUGCUGAGCUGCAGGGCUCUUCAGAGAGGCCCUUCCCAUGAGCUGCUGCUGGAGCCAGGGACCACAGUACUGGAUGCCUGCCGCAGGGCAGAGGCCAUCCCCCAGGGGGCCAAAGGGUAUCGCAUGGUAUCAGAAGGAGCCGUAUGGAUCAACCACAGUAAGACAGACAGCCCAGAGCAGGUACUGAUCCCUGGACAGCACCUCUUGGCCAACGGACUUUCUCUCCUCAGAGUGGGCAAGAAGAACUUCCACAUCAUCAAGUGGCUCAAUCUGUGAGUGGCACUGGGACCUUAAAACUCCUAUGGACUGUUUGUGGACUGGAGGUAGGACCGCAAGCUGGGAGGCUUAGGUGAAGGGAGAUGGAUAUUGGAAAUGGACCUGUAUUGUUUCAAUACAUCCCUGUUGGUGUCUGAGAGGAUGUAGUGCACUCUAUAUGUGUGGCUUGAAUGAUGCUGUAAGAUGUGGUAUUAAAUACAUUUGUUAGAAGGCUUUUGUCUUGUUAGUUGUAUGUUACAUACUGUGUCCGUAAACUGUUUUAUUUUUGUGAUCAUUAGAUAUUAGAUAGCAGAUUUGCCUACUAUUGAAUUUCACCACUAGGUGUCAGUAUCGUCUUCUCUUUCAAUGAGGACCGGGAAAAGCCUCCUUUAGCAAGCCUGAAGCAAAGCUCGGUUGUAAGACCCUAGUUACAUCCAGGAAUUAAAAUUCAAUGGGAGAAAUAUCUUACAGCUAAAAUAAAUGAUAAUUCUAAAUAAAAAAAAUGACAAUAGGAAUAUGAAACAUGGGAAGUAUAUUUCCUGAAGAAAAUGUGUGCUUGCUAGCUUGUUCUGAAGUAUUUAUGGUUUUGAAAUAAGUUAUAGCUGCGUGGGUCAGCUGUUUGUUCACCUGCCCCCGCCCGCAAUUGCUAAUAACCCAUCUGCAACCGCCCGACUAUAUGUGAUGAAAUAAGAUGUAGAAAAUGCGCUAAAGGCAGCAGAACGAUUUUUGACAAUGGGUGCAGAAUUUUGGGGGGGCUGAUUUUGAUAUGUUUCUGCUUAUAAUUUCCGACAUAUUGGUAGGUUAUUUGUUAGUCAUGAUUCUGCUUAUAAUUUCCAACAUAUUUGUAGGCUGUUUGUUGUCAACUUGCCAAUAAUUAGAUGCAUGUAGCUUCGCUUCUGUCAUUAUAUGUUUCCCUAAAAGACUACAUAAAGCCUUGCUCACCAGAAUAAUG